CGGGGGCGGCUGCGUGCGCCGCGCCUCCCCGCCGGCAGCCGGCCCGGCAGCUUCCUCCCGCCGCCUCCCCGGCCGCACAAAGACCAGCGGCGAAGGCCCUGGCUCGCCCGGAAGGCAGCGGCCGGGAAUUUAAGGUGUCCUGGAGCCAUGGCCGCGCCCCGCGGGCAGCGGGCUGCAGCGGCUGCCGGCCCUGCCGGCGGCGGGCGGGGGGCUUGCUGGCGGCUGCUCUGGGGUCUGGUUGGGACUGAUCAGCAGAGAAACUAAUACCAUUGCUCUGGGGUGGGAAAGGCCAGCAGUGUGUGCAAGAGAACCAUGUCUGUUCGGGAGUCAUUUAACCCCGAAAGUUAUGAACUGGACAAGAGCUUCCGUCUGACCCGAUUCACUGAACUGAAAGGCACAGGCUGCAAAGUGCCACAGGAUGUCUUACAGAAACUGCUCGAAUCGCUACAAGAAAACCAUUUUCAGGAAGAUGAACAGUUCCUGGGGGCAGUUAUGCCCAGGCUGGGAAUUGGGAUGGACACUUGCGUUAUUCCAUUAAGGCAUGGAGGUUUGUCGUUGGUCCAGACGACAGAUUAUAUUUAUCCUAUUGUGGAUGAUCCUUAUAUGAUGGGACGGAUAGCAUGUGCCAAUGUCCUAAGUGACCUUUAUGCCAUGGGGGUCACAGAAUGUGACAACAUGUUGAUGCUCCUUGGAAUCAGCAAUAAAAUGACAGAUAGGGAAAGAGACAAAGUGAUGCCUCUAAUUAUCCAGGGUUUCAAAGAUGCAGCAGAAGAGGCAGGAACAUCUGUUACUGGUGGCCAAACAGUGUUAAAUCCCUGGAUUGUUUUAGGAGGAGUGGCCACGACAGUCUGUCAGCCUAAUGAAUUUAUAAUGCCAGACAAUGCAGUGCCAGGAGAUGUGCUUGUAUUAACUAAACCCUUGGGAACACAAGUGGCUGUAGCUGUCCACCAGUGGCUAGAUAUUCCAGAAAAGUGGAAUAAAAUCAAACUAGUGGUAACGCAAGAAGAUGUAGAACUAGCAUACCAGGAAGCGAUGAUGAAUAUGGCACGACUGAACAGAACAGCUGCUGGACUCAUGCACACUUUCAAUGCACAUGCAGCUACAGACAUCACAGGAUUUGGAAUCCUGGGGCAUGCACAAAACCUUGCCAAGCAGCAGCGAAACGAGGUGUCCUUUGUUAUUCAUAACCUUCCUGUUCUUGCCAAGAUGGCUGCUGUCAGUAAGGCUUGUGGCAAUAUGUUUGGCCUCAUGCAUGGGACUUGUCCGGAGACUUCAGGAGGCCUCCUCAUCUGUUUACCACGAGAGCAAGCAGCACGUUUCUGUGCCGAAAUCAAGUCUCCAAAAUACGGCGAGGGUCACCAAGCGUGGAUUAUCGGCAUUGUAGAGAAGGGCAACCGCACGGCCAGAAUUAUAGACAAACCGCGAAUCAUUGAAGUUGCACCACAGGUGGCCACUCAGAACGUGAACCCGACGCCUGGUGCCACCUCUUAAUAUAAAUGAAAUAGCUGUUUGUUUUUAAAUAGAUCUAUUCCUUUAUCAUCCUGCAAUUUAAAGAACUGUAAAAAGAAAAGAAAACUUGUUGUGUCUGCACAUCUGGUGGCCUUAGGUCAGUUUAUGAGUGGAUACAAUUAAUAAAAUAAAAUCCAUUGCCUUUUUUUCCUGUUACAUUAACUGAAGAUGCACCUAAUCUUGAGGCAGCUUCUGAGUUGAGAAUUAUAUUGUUAUCCAAUACUGUUGAUUCAUUUUGAAUCUUUAGACACUUAUCUCUUGCCGCAUAGGCUCUUUUUAAAGGUGCUUUCACGUAGCACAGACAUUACCAGUAGUAGUGUCGAAUAGCAGUUUGUGUCCUUUCAUUAUAUGUAUAUUUAUCAUAAGUCUAAUUUUGAUGCCUUGAGUGAUAUUCCAGAAAGGCAAUAAACGGAUAAGUGACACAGUGGGUAUACCCAGUAGUAAGAGGGUUGCAUGAUUACAUUCAAUCUUUUUUCUUUUUUUUUUUCUUUUUUUUUCUUUUUUUUUUUUUUUUGGUGAGGUUUAGUCUUACCGAGAGCAUCUACGACCCUGGACAUUGUUUGGUAGUGCACUCUGUUUAAACGAGCAAGUGCUGACUUUGCAUGGGGAGCGCUUCAGAGUCGAAGGAGUAAUUUUUAAUUUCAUUAUUUGUAGACCUGACAAUAUUUACUGUAUUAUCAAUGAUUGUUUUCUUUAUUGAUAGUAAGGAAAAAUAAUUCUUUUUUUUUUUUGCAAUGUGAUUGGAUGUGCUAUAGUGCAACAAAGGUUUUGCAGACCAAAAGGAGGUUACUGUAUAAUAUUCAUUUACAAUUCACUAUAUAAAUAACUACACAAAUAGUUUUUAAAUAUAAUCAAACUAAAAUAAACCUCUGUUCUGUGGAUGGUAGUGUUUAAUACAUUUUAUAUUUUGUAUAGUGAUUACAAACCUUUUUUGUUUCUUUAAAAUCAGCAGCUGUUUAGUAUAAUUCUUAGUAUUAUUUUGUUCUUAUGAAAUACAUUUUUCUGCACGCUUUUGUGAUCUGUGUUUAAAAUCUACAUUGCCAACAUUGCAGCUUGAAUUUAAGCUUGUUACUCAAAAUAAAUAUUUAAUUUUUUUUA